AUGGCACAAUCGUCAUACAAUCCACUUCUCUCAGAUGUUGGCCUUGCUGCUGAAUUAUCUCAGCUGCAGCAACGCUACGAUGCACUUCUUGCCACCAAAGAACGUGCUGCGGAGCGCUAUCGGAACGACUACAAGAAGUGGAGACGAUUCAAGGAGUAUCUAUUCCAGGAAGACCGGGAGGUUGCACAGGAGGUUCAGGAGAAUCCUGCAGGACGCAAAAUGAUUCAAAUGGCUAGCAUCCUCAGAAAGCGAAAACGCUUCACGGACCUUGGUUUGGAUACCAUACUCGAUCAGUCAGAGGCAGCAUUGUCGACCUCGAACGCCGAUGAAGAAGCCCUCGAUGGACUAUCAGGCUCAGGGACACAUGGACAACUUGCAGAUAGCCGGUUACGGCCGUCCGAUGAACACUCAUCUCCCUCGACACUCCAAACUAGGAACAGUUCCAUUUUGCACCAAGAUGAACUUCGGAGCCAGUAUUCUAGUGAUGGCAUGAAUAACGCGGGUGCUUCACACAGGACGCAUUAUUCAACUCUGACGGCCUUGGAGAACGACCAGACGAUUCAUUCGCUAGACGCUCUUCCAGUCACAAGUACAACUGCAAGGUCACGUUUGGUUAGCGUUGACAGGACUCGAGGAGAUGAACACGGCAUCAGAACCCAAUUUAUGAUCGAUCCUGACCAGAACGAGGGCCUCGACUUUCAAUUCCAUGGUGUCGUCAGAAAUUAUAGGGAUAGGAAGCGGUUACCUGGCGAUGAUUGUGAAUGUUGUCGAGAUUAUUACGAGGCGGUGGGUGCGCAACCUGAACGUCAACGACAACCGUUAUGGCGAUCUCCUACCGGCUCACCUCACAAGCAAUGCAAACGUCCUCGCAAGGCUAGCUUCUCAGGGAGCGAGGGUGCACCGGAGAGUGAUGAACGGGUGGCCAUGCAAUUGCAUCGUAACGAGGUUUCACGUCAUCGGCAACAAUGGGCUGGCCCUAGCACGCCUCCUGGCUACUGGGACAUUGGUUUCCCCGAUACUCAACAAGCGGCGGAAAUCAAUAGGCGCGCGCACCGUAUGAUUGAACGCAAAGGGGAGAAUAUACGGCACGAAGCCAACCGGCCAAAUGGCAAAUACAAGCGCGUAGAGUGA